AUGGCCCAAUCAUUACGAAAAUUUAGGAACUGGAGCAUCUCUUACACAGCGCUAGUGAUGAGGUAUGUUUUCAUAAACUCUCGAGUUACGACUGAGCGAACCAGGAUUAAGGAGACCGCUGGCUCGCUAAAAGCAGUUCUGUCAACCAGAGAGUCAAUUGGGGGCUUUCGAGACAUCUUAAACCUUGAAGCACGGCGACGCAUGACCCGAGUCGAGAACUCGAGGGAUUGCUUCAAGACUAGGUUCUGGUCUCUAGAAGGGAUAUUGUUAUCCGAUGCCCAGGUCGAGCACCUUGCUGGGAUAACCCAAGCCUGGGAACUGAGUGAUGACGACAGUCGCGCCUUUACCAACAACAUUCGCACAUGGGCUGCAAAUCCGGCUGAAUUCUGGGGGAUCAUAGCUACCUGUGACAGCUUUGUCAAGCGGGUUAUCCUGGUUCUUCUAGCGGAGCUGGUUGAAGAGGAAAUCCAGCGUAUUCAACAAGUAUCGAAGACCAGAAAUUCUGCUCAGCUUCGCUUCCAAGCCGCAUGGAACAUUAUUAGCAGGGAGUAUCCUAGCCUCGCUGAUGAAGAGCUGGAGAAGAAAAAGAAGAAGUUCACUCAUGCGGCCUGGUAUGGUAAGUCGUGGCUUCGGAUCCAGAACACGGAGGUUAUUCUGGGGUUGCCGUCAACGAAUGCCAAAAAGCUCGACAAAGGGCGCCUAGAGGAUAUCGAGGUCGAAGCUACCAAUGCGUAUGAAAAAACAUUCAAACUUGGCGACCGGGACGAGCUGAAUCGUGUCUACAAAGCGAUUCGCAAUGAAUACAAAGCUCGAAGCCAUGGCACUGAGCCGGCCUAGUCUCCACAAGUAGCUCGAGGCCAAAAGAGGAACCAAGGGCUCUCGCCAAGAGGCCCGAGAAAGUGCCGAGAUGUCACUCGGUCCUCACUUGACCAACCGC